CUUCAGUUUUCAAACCUGAACCGAGGCUGACGUGGUGGAGAAAGAAGCCUGCACACAAGGCGCAGCGCCGCAGCGGCAGCUAGGAGGCACUGGCAGUGGAAGCAGCGUGAGGAAAGGGAUACCUCACGAGCUGUGCAUAGGGAAGACUAUUGAGCUGGGUAAUGACCCUUCAAACAGCUAGUACGACCGUUUGUGCUUGUGAGCAAGAAGAAGGGAAGUCUUUUGAGUUCUUGAGCUUGUUGGCUUGCUUCCGUGACAUCUGAGGUGGGCCAAAGAGGUUUGGGUGUACUUGUGGGUCAAUUAUAGCGCAUAGUAGUCCGUAGCUGGCACAAUGGCUGCCUUAGGGGAAGAGCCGGCUGGACUGGCUCAGGCUGAGCAAGAUGCACACCAGCAUGAGCAGCAACUAGAGCAGCAUCAUGGGAUGCACGAGGGGGCAAUGCAUGAGGGGGGAAUCCAUGAGGGGGGGAUGCACGAAGGUGGGAUGCACGAAGGUGGGAUGCACGAGGGGGUGUUGCACGAGGGUACUCCUGUGCAUCAAGGACACCCGGGGCAUGAGGAUGUGGAAAUUGAGGGGGAGGAGUAUGACGAUGAUCCGAUGUCAGUCAGAGAUCCAUCGAACACCAAGCAGCUGACCCUGUCGUACCAAGGAGAGGUCUAUGUGUUUGACACGGUUCCCCCUGAGAAGGUGCAAGCGGUGCUCCUUCUCCUUGGAAGCCAGGAGACGCCUGCAGGGCUGAGCCUCGCCCAGCUUGGAAAGGGAUAUGACCUGCCCUCCCGCCUGAACCAGCCUAUGAGGCUAGCGUCCCUGCAACGUUUCAGGGAGAAGCGGAAAGAGAGAAACUAUGACAAGAAGAUUAGAUACUCGGUGCGCAAGGAAGUGGCACAACGGAUGCAAAGGAAGAAAGGCCAGUUUGCUUCCAACCGACCGCAGCCAAGCGAUGAUGGUUCCGGGGGCGGGGAGUUUGGGUCAGAUGGUCAGGCCCACCAGGAGAUGACGUGCACAAAUUGCGGUAUUGGUGAGAAGCAGACCCCCAUGAUGAGGCGGGGUCCGCAUGGCCCCGGGACACUCUGCAACGCGUGCGGGUUGCAGUGGGCCAGCAAGGGUGCUCUUCGGGACACCCGCAAAGACAAACAGCCAAGGGACUCGAUGGACGGGCAGGAGAACGUCCACCAGGAGUACUUGCCUCAGCUUCUUCCGGAGCCAAUCAGCUCCGAGCACCAGUCGAUGGUCCAAGGGCAAGAAGUCCUGGGACAACAGAUCCAGGCUAUUGAUGUUCCAGGAAAUCAAUUGGCGAUCGAAGGCGUCCUGCCAAAUGCCACUGAAAUGGCGCCUCCAAUUGCAAAUGGCACAGCUCAGUGAGCUAGAGCUUGGUAGUGUGGAAGAUUACAAUAAACAACCCAACCGUGGUGAUCCAAGUUAUGAUGGCAGAUGUUGGAGCAGAUCUUAAAGCUUUCCACCAUAGUAAAGGACGGUAUGCAUCCCCUUUACGUUGCUCAGGCUAGGCACCAGACUUUAAGGAUGAUGUGGAGUUAUGUAUAUUAUAGGAUACAGUGGCCAUUUCUUUUAUCUUUGUGAGAUGUGGAGGAGAACCAGGUUGUGCAAGAAGAGCUUGCUUGAUAGCAAGGUGCCUUCGCAUUCUUCUCGGCUGAUUUCCGGCGGCGGUCAAGUGGACAAGCACAACGAUGUUGUCAAGGUGGCCCUUGUCCUUUGAGGCUUGAUGCGGCCUUGCCUGCUACUUCCUUCCCUUUUGGAUCACAAUUGGUCAAUCAUGCAGCAUAUACGACUUACAGAUACAAGU